AAAAAUCCUUACGCCCCUUUUUCUCUAGACGUUCGCUCGGUUGGGUACCGCAACUUUUCACGAAAUUCCUUCUCAGAAGUGUAAUUUUUAUUAGUUUUUAUGUGCGAAAUUGUCACUAGUUUGAGCAGAAAGUUUUCGUUCGCGUUGCAUCUAUGGAUUGAAGUGACCGUGUGUGCUUUUCGGUGCUCUGCAGUGCAUCCUGUGUGUGUGCUUCGUUUCGUUCUAUACUUUGUUGUUGCUGCUGCUAUUCAUAAUCUCAGCUAAAUUCAGCAGCAAUUCGUUUUUUACGGUCGUGUGUGUUUUGAUCCUGGUAUUUUCAUUUUCAAUCCAACUUGCUAGUUAAUCUCUAUGUGUGGAAAAAAACAACCGAUGCUACUGAAUAGUGCGACCUGUUAGAGGAAAGCCACGCCAGACUGUAUUCCAGUCCACCUGCUGACCGGAUCGUGAGUGAGGAAUUUAUGAUUUCAUUAAUUUGCUGUUGAUACUGUUCGUGACUAUACAAUACGACUACCGCGAAGGACAGUUCUCGCUACAACUUCAAGUUUUCGUAACGCUUUAAAUUUUCCACUGCCGAGGGCCGUCCCCGGGAGACGAUGGCCAGCGAUGCUUGAGCGCGUCCGUCUCAGUGGUUUCAGCGGAUCGUACAAAGUGAGAAGUGCCGAGCUGGCGCGCGACAAGAAAGUCCAAACCAAAGCGGUAACCGUUCUUUUCCUCGAUGAAAGCACCCACACCUUCCAGCUAGAGAAGAAAGCCAAGGGAGCGGACCUACUAGAGCAGGUCUUCCGUCACUUGGAACUGACCGAACGGGACUACUUCGGGCUACAGUUCCAGUCGAAAUGUGGCACCGGCACAAACGGAAACAGUUCCGUCAGUGGCAUAAAUGGCGGUAGCACAGCGAGCUCGAAAAGUGGCAGCGGCGGCCUGGUGACGGGAUCGGGCCGAUGGCUUGAUCCGGCCAAACCGUUCCGCAAACAGUGGAACACCGUGCGCCUUUCGGGCGACUCAUGUCCGCUGUUGGUCUUUCGAGUGAAAUUCUACGUAACAGAUCCGAGCCGAUUACACGAAGAGUAUACGAGAUAUCAAUUUUAUCUGCAGAUAAAGCGUGACAUAUUUCAGGGAAAACUGUCGGUGGGUUCAAAUACCGCCUGCCUGCUCGCUAGCUAUACAGUGCAGUCUGAACUGGGCGAUUACAAUCCACUGGAUCACACUCACGGUUAUCUCAAUGAAAUGCAACUGCUUCCCGAGCAGAACGAGGAAAUCGAACGACGAGUUUCGGAACUGCACAAGCUUCACCGGGGGCAGCUGCCCGCGGAUGCCGAGUACAACUAUCUCGAGCAUGCCAAACGGUUAGAUAUGUACGGAAUAGAUUUUCAUAGAGCGACGGAUUCAACGGGCAAAGAACUAAGUCUGGGCGUUUCGUCCAUAGGUUUACUAGUCUACCAAAACGGUAUUCGCGUCAACACCUUCUCCUGGUCCAAGAUGGUGAAGGUGUCGUUUAAACGCAAAGAUUUCUUCAUUCAACUACGGCGGGAACCGUCGGAAAACUACGACACACUGCUCGGGUUCAACAUGGGUUCUCAUCGCAACGCCAAAACACUGUGGAAAGCUUGUGUCGAGCAUCACUCGUUUUUCAGACUGCAAAGACCGCACCGUUCACCACGAUUCCUGCCAUUAACCUUAGGUUCUAAAUUUCACUAUUCCGGCCGAACCGAGCUGCAGGCCGUCCAGGAAAGUAGGCAACGGGGCAAGGUUGCGAAAAUUUUCAUUCGCUCGCCCAGCAAACGAUUGCUCUGUGCGUCGCAGCCACAGUCACCACUGCUGAACGGUUCCGGUAAUGACAGUAGCAACGGAAACGGCACCACAGCCAACAAAAAUCAACUGUCGCUGUUGUCUUUGACGAAAGGUACCCGAACGUAUGACAAAGUUACUACGAAAACUCCAUCCAUACCGAGAAAGGCCUGGGAGCAGCCGGGGGGUGAUGAACCGACUUUCAUCGAACACUGUGCCCGUACCUAUGACGCACAGAUACCGACGAUGUUUGACUCCCCGCCGGCGUACAACGGAAUCCACAAUCCGGAAAAUACCGUCCCGAAUGAGGAAGGUCUCGUGACGAUACGGUUGGUAGCCGAUGAUCAGGGACGAUUCGGGUUCAAUGUGAAAGGUGGUGUCGAUUUGAACCUACCCGUACAGGUAUCCCGGGUGGCACCGCAUACGCCGGCAGACAAAAGCACACCGAGAAUCUGCGAAGGCGAUCAGCUGGUGAUGAUUAACGGGCGCGAUGUUAGCACCAUGAUGCACGAACAGGUUGUGAAUUUAAUACGAGCUUCCCGCCAAGGGGGUGAGCUAAUGCUCACGCUAAAACCGAAUGCCUUAGUCGACUAUACGGAAGAGGAACCACUGUAUCAGUACGUUCCGGAGGAGAAUGAUAUCGUGCGCGGCGAGUUGAAUGGCGAUCAGCUGUUCACGCAGUCACUGCUGUUGCUAAGCGACGGACUGGCAUCCGGUUCGUUGCUGGCUCAGUACGAACAACUGUACAGGAAAAAUGCGGACCUAGCCAUCACGGAGGCCAAGAAGAACGAGAACAUCAACAAGAACCGAUAUCGUGAUAUUUCGCCUUACGAUUGUACCCGAGUGGUCCUGUUGAACGCGGAAAGUGGUGACUACAUCAAUGGAAACUACGUCAACAUGGAAAUCCCUCCAACUGGCACCAUCAAUCGAUACAUAGCCACCCAGGGACCACUUUCAACGACGGUCAACGACUUCUGGAGGAUGGUACAACAGGAAAGUAGUCACCUUGUGGUUAUGUUGACCACCGUGAUGGAACGAGGACGGCCCAAAUGCCACCAGUAUUGGCCAUCAGCCGACGAGGAACCUCUGGCACUGUCGGAAGGUUUCACCAUUAGGUGUAUUACCGAGAAACCAGAUGAGACGGGAAGCUUUGUGUUUCGUGAUCUGGUACUGAACGAUGAAAAAACCGGUGAAAAAAGAACCAUCCAGCAUAUGCAGUAUUUAGCCUGGCCGGAUCAUGGAGUCCCCGCAGAUCCGGAAUUGUUCUUGCAGUUUACCGAGAAAGUUCGUGCGGCUCGGAACACUACCUUAUUGCAGGAAAUUGAAGCCAGUUUGAAAAAUGUGAAGCUGCGGACGAUGGAUGAAAACGGUGGGCUGGACAUGUCGGAACGACGGGUGGUUCAUACCGAUAGCGACGAAAGUCCUAAUGAUAUGCCAUCCUCAACAUCGGUCCACCAAUACAUCAGCGCUGCCAAUCCACCAAUCAUCGUUCACUGCUCUGCUGGCAUCGGACGUACGGGUGUUCUGAUUCUGAUGGACACAGCACUGGCUCUGAUGGAAGAAAAAGAACCAAUCUAUCCAUUGGACAUUGUUCAGGCGAUGCGUGAUCAGCGUGCUUGCAUGGUGCAAAAUGUGAGUCAGUAUCGUUUCGUUUGCGAGUGCAUUUGUGCAGCUUACAAGCUGAUGAUAACCAGAGAGAUAACGGAAACGAAAGCAGCUACAAACACGAAAGCUCCGCCCAACCGGGCGCUUAAGUUCGUUGCCACUAAUGGAGGUUCGGCCCCAGUAUCGUCCGGCGAAGAGGACUGUACGCCGAUCGAAGAGGACUACACGGAGCGGAAGGCCCCACUGGCUGUGGAAACCACCAGCCUGACAACCACUCCUACCACUAACAAUGUCACGCCCACCGAUGGCAACGACGAGGAACCUGUUCGGACAAAUGAAAAUAGCGGGAAAACAUGAUUAGAAACGGUGGUCUAGACUUCUUGAUUAUAUUGUUUCGAUGAAAUCGGUUUUAACUGUAUAUUUAAGUUUCAUAUUUACCUAGUAGUAUCUUUUUUGUGUAUCUCGUAUGUAGCAGUUACAUAUUUAUGAAAAUGUAUACCCUUUUUUCUACAGUAAUUAUAAUUACAUGCAUAUAUCGUAUACAUUGAAGUGAUUAUAUCGACCUUUAUCAUAUUACAUAAUCAGUGCUAUAUAAACGUAAAGCGACAUUAUUGACCCACUAGGAGAGAACAGAUUGUAGUGUUAUGGUAAAUAGUAGAAAUUUCUCUGACCCGGUGUACGUUUCAUUCGUUUGUUCCGUCAGCCCGAUGUGAGUUUUGUCAAUUUUCUAAUAAACAAACAUUCAAUAAAAUAAA